AUGGGGCGCGUGGCGACAGCCCAUGGUGGCGAGGGAGGUGACGAGACGUUCGCACGGACUAGGACGAACAUGGCUGGCAAGGCGACUCUCCACAACGGGCAGCUUCGCGAGAACCCCCACGCGCACCAUUUCUACAUCGACGGCAAGAUCUACGACUUUGCGGAGUGGAGGUGCAUCCACCCAGGUGGCGACAUGUUUUUUUCCGCGGCUUUUCAGCGCGACAUCUCGGCGGCUGUGCAUGCCUACCACGCCAACCCAGAGGCAUUGAAUCCAAUCUUGGCGAAGUACGAGGUCGAGUUGCCCGACAAGGAACCGCACGAUUUCCUCGCGUCUUACAUGAACGUGCCACAAUUCAUUCUCCCCCCCGACUUCGACGCCGUGCGCGAUGUUCCGCAGUACGAUUGGGACAAGAAGUUCAUGAGCGUGCUCAGGAGCAAGCUUCGAAAGCCAGAGCUACAGAGAAAGAUCAAGAGGGCCGACUUCGCCUUCGAUGUGGUGGCUACCGGCAUCAUUAUGUUGCACUAUUUCCUCUGUUUCCCGGCAAUGUAUUUCGGCCUGGUGCCUUGCUGGGUGUUCAUCAUGGGACAGGUGCUGACCCGGACUGCUUUAGCAGCAGUAGGUCAUUAUCAUUGCCACAGGCGCAAGGACGGCGUCCAUGAUUGGGCUGAUUGCUUCUUCGAUGUCCAGUACGUGGGUGCUUCGGAGGUGCUCUUCGACGGCCAUGUCAUGCUCCACCACCUCUACACAGAGACGCCCGCGGAUGUUAAACGCACAGUGUUCACUUUCGUGCUGACAUUGCCGCGCAUUUGGCGAGUGCCUCUCUUCACGAUGACCAAGUUUGGAGAGUUUUUUAGCGGCCAUCUGGUGAGGAUUCGCAACUUCGAGUUCAGGACUCGUUCGAAGGCGCAGCGCUUCAAGGAGGCACAGCUGAUCGCGUUCCGCUGCGUCAUGCUCGCAGAGUUUUUUUGGGCCUGCCUCUGUUCAAGAUGGCAGAUAUGGUGCCUGCAGUUCUUUUGCACAGUGUGGCUGAACAUGUUCUUGAUCGUCGCAUCCCAUGACUUCGAGGUGGUGAGGGAGGACCAGUCGUACGUCGGCCUAGACUGGGGCAUCUUCCAGAUACAGCAUGCGCUUGACACGUACAUCACUGGGGUGCAGGUAGUCGACCUUUUCCUGUCCGCGGGGCUCAGUUGCCACAGGGUGCACCACUGCCUGCCGUACCAGAAGUCUGGCUUUGCCAAUAUAGUGUCGCUGCCUGCGGUCAAAAGUACAUGCGAGGAGUUCGGGGUCGAGUGGGCCCCAGCUCGGAACCUCAUCCUGGACCGCUGGUUCCCGCUAAUGUGGUACUACUUGACCGCGCCCGCGCAGGUGCCUGCCAGCCCGGCGCCCAUCCAGACGGGCGGUCCUGGCAUCUGGGGCUUCGUGAAGGAGCACAUGGUGCUGCGAGACUACCGCCGUGCCGUCCUCAGCAUCUGGUGGAGCUUCACUGGCGCCACGAUUUGA